AUAAUUCAUAUCAUCUUCUUCUUUUUGUUAAAUUAUAAUUUCCUUGUAUUGAUCCUUUUACAUUGCCUCAUUGUAUGGUAUAAAUAUGUGAGCAUUACCUAACACAUAGGACAAAGUAGCUACAAUUGGAGAUCUAUACAUUUCUCUAAGUAUAUAGAGUCUCUCUUGUGGCAACAAAACAUCAUGGGUUCUGAAGUCCAUCCUUCAGGUGUAAUUGAUAAUGAUAAAACUGUUUUCUCUUCUCCAAAAAUCACAGCUGUAGAAGGGAAUAAUGGAGAACAAGAAAAUCAUGAGCUACAUCCACAAAUUCCUGGAUGGUUUGCAGAACAUUGUCCAAUAUGGCCAGGGGAAGCACAUUUCUUGAAGGUGGAAAAUGUUUGUUUUCAAGGGAAGUCUGAAUAUCAAGAUAUGCUAGUUUUUCAGACAUCAACAUAUGGUAAGGUAUUUGUUCUGGAUGGAGCACUCCAACUCACUGAGAAAGAUGAAUGUUCUUACCAAGAAAUGAUGACUCACCUUCCUCUUUGCUCUAUUCCAAACCCAAAAAAGGUGUUGCUUAUUGGUGGAGGAGAUGGUGGCAUCCUUAGGGAAAUUUCCCGACAUUCUUCUGUUGAACACAUUGACAUAUGUGAAAUUGACACAAUGCUCAUUGAUGUUUAUAAGAAAUAUUUCCCAGAUGUGGCUGUUGGCUACAAGGACCCCAGAGUAAAGAUUAAUGUUAUAGAUGGAACAAUUUUUCUGAAGUCUGUCCCAAGAGGCACAUAUGAUGCAAUAAUAGUGGAUGCCUUCGACCCAAUAAGGCCUGAUCAUGAGUUAUUUGAAACUCAAUUCUUUGAAUCGGUUUCAAAAGCUCUACGUCCUGGAGGAGUUUUGUGCAUCCAAGCAGAGAGUUUUUGGUUUAAGUCAUUGGAUAUUCAACAACUUCUAAUCAAAUCCUCCCAAACUUUCAAAGGCUCCAAUGAUUAUGCAUGGACUAUUGUCCCAACAUAUCCAAGUGGGGUGAUUGGUUUCUUGCUUUGUUCAACCGAAGGGCCACAUGUGGACUUCAGAAACCCAAUUAACCCAAUUGAUCCAGAAAAUUAUGGCAUAUCAAAGAAACCCUUAAAGUUUUACAACUCAGAGAUUCAUUCAUCUGCAUUUCGCUUGCCAUCUUUUGCCAAAAAGACCGAAGCUAAGAGCACUACAAAAGGGGUUUGAUUUUAGCAUCAAUGAUAACAAUAUUUCUGACAAUAAUAAUAAUAAUAAUUGCUAUUGUGUCGGGAUUUUUAGAAUAAAAAUUUGUACUGCUACAUUGCUAUGCUGAAAAUGUUCUAUUAUGUAAUGACUUCCAAUAAAUUAUGCUUCAAAUGCGUUGCCAAUUCAGCAGAAUAAUCGAAUCGAUAUUUUAUGAUAUCGUUUAUCUAUACAAAAA